AUGUCGAUUGCUCUUGGAUCAAAGGCGAGCAAGAGAGAUCGGUGUCAAGAGUUUGUCGAGACUCUCGGUAUAAUCAUAAGCUUCGCCCUAAAGGAACAAGCGUUGUUUGUACUUGAGCGGGAAACCCUUGUUGCAAAGAGAGCACUAUUGACUUUGAGGGAGGAACCUGAAUUCCGAUUACACCACAGUCUGCAAGUGGACUUGCUAACUGAUAGCACAUCAGUUAUCUCAUGCUUAUCAGUUGUUGACAGCAUACCAUGGGCCUUCAGUCAUCAAUUCGAAGAAUAUGUCGCCGAGAAGGCGAAGCGUUCGAAGAUUUUCUUGGAAAACCUGCGGUUCAUCGAGGAGUUCAACGGCGCGGUGAACCGGACUUACAAGGUUGGAUUGAACAAGUUCUCGGACUUGACCAACGAGGAAUUUGUGGCAGCAUAUACCGGAUACAAAUUGCCAUCAUCAACACGCAGGAACUCGUCCCAAGUCAAUUCUUUUAAGUACCAAGGUUUGAAUAGCAUCCCGGAGAGCGUCGAUUGGGUAAAACAAGGUGCUGUCAACCCUAUAAAGAACCAAGGCCAAUGUGGAUCUUGCUGGUCGUUCUCCGUGGUGGCGGCGGUCGAAGCAAUCACACAGAUCACCACUGGCGUGCUACCAAACCUGUCCGAGCAGCAACUCAUAGACUGCGCCACUGACGGGAACCAGGGCUGUCAAGGCGGCUGGAUGGACAAUGGCUUCAAGUACAUCAUCAACAACAAUGGCAUCAGCUCCGAGACGAACUACCCGUACGUUGGGGUCGACAGCACCUGCGAUGUGCAGGCCUCAUCUGUUGCCGAGGCCAAAAUAUCGGACUACAGGGACGUCCCCCCGAACGAGGACGACAUGCUGAAGGCCGUGGCAAUGCAGCCGGUGUCGGUAGCACUCGACUCGAGCGGGGCCGCGUUCCAGAAUUAUGCAGGCGGUGUCUUUACUGGCCCAUGCGGGACCGAACUGAACCAUGCGGUGACGGUCGUCGGGUACGGGACGGAUACGGAUGGGAUGAAGUACUGGUUGAUGAGGAACUCUUGGGAUGUCUCCUGGGGCGAGAGCGGGUACAUGAGAAUUCAGAGGGAUUCUGGGGUCGAAGGUGGCCUUUGUGGAAUUGCCUCCAAAGUUUCUUAUCCCGUCGCAUAAGUAUCCGUCUGAGAGAUUACGGCUUCGAGUUCAUGUGCGUUAGUAGGGCAAAAUCGGUCGAUAUGAACUGAGCUUAUUAUAAGUGGAAAUAUUUCGGGUUAAUUACUAUAGUUAAUCUCGUCUAUUUACUGUUUUAAUUUCAGUUGGAUCCCCCGCGACCUUUGCCGGGUUUCUUAUACUAAAGUUUCUUGUGCGUGUUUAUGAUAAUGAGAAUAAAGAGGAUUUGAAGACGGUCCUUGAAUUUUU